ACUGAGAUUACUUGCUUUGAUUGCAUUCUCUUUUGUCUCCCUUUUGACGUAAUGUUAGACGAACAUGACAGCAAAUAGGACCCUGCAGUUUUCCCCACUGAACCUCACCUGUUCGCAACCGUAGUUCUACUUUUCUACCUGAAGUUAUCCUUGAAAUCGGUCAAUCUGUUAUCUAAAGAUAUCAACAGUAUGGUCUCGCAAUUAGUCUGCAGUUUGUUGUUAGCAUCACUGGUGCUCCUGCACAGCUCUAUCGGGGAGAUAGUGUUUCGCUGUCCGAGUUGCACCGCGGAGCGACAAGCAGCAUGUCCCAAGCUCACGACCACUUGUGUAGAGAUUGUGAGGGAGCCAGGCUGCGGCUGCUGUCCGGUUUGCGCCCGACAACUGGGUGAACUCUGCGGCGUCUAUACACCGAGAUGUGGUAGUGGGUUGAGAUGUUACCCAAGUCCGGAUGCCCCAUUACCGUUAGAGCAACUGGUGCAAGGGCUCGGACGAUGUGAGCACAAAGUGGACUUAGAGCUCACUGGCAGCCAAGAGAACCGAGAACAGAGCGGGGAAAUAUAUGGCACGAGAUCUCCUGCUCAGAAGAAGCCCAACUACUGGAUGAUGAGGGACAGAACAGUGCAGCAGCAUGAGAAUGAGCAGAAGACAAGAAUGCUGAACAAGAGAGUGGAGGAGACCAAGACACUGCGACCCAGACAGACCCAGUGUCAGCAGGAGCUGGAUAAAGUUUUGGAGGAGAUUUCCAAAAUGACCUUUCAUGACAACCGGGGACCACUGGAGAAUCUGUAUGACCUCAAGUUCCCCAACUGUGACAAGAAAGGACAAUACAACAUGAAACAGUGUCAUAUUUCCACCCACGGUCAGAGGGGUGAGUGUUGGUGCGUCGACCCCCACACUGGCAUCCAGAUCCCGUCUUCCCCCAAAGUACGCGGGGACCCGAACUGCAGCCAGUACCGCGUAGGACCAGAGACGGAACCCCCGACGCCCUUUCAGAAAUAGAAGGAGGCUCUGACUCCGACCCUGCUUUGUUUCAGAGUUAGAGAGACAAUCAGUGUUAAAGGAAGUUUAAGAAUGCUUGCUGUCGUAUGGUGUUAGUGUCCAUUUAAAACACAUGUGUAGUCCUGGUUUAAGUAGUUGGGUCUGCAUUGUCAUCCAGUAAGUGGAAACUUUAAGCGUGUCCAUGGCACAUGGCUGCUAAGGCAAGAGAAGGACAGAUUAUGUAACCCCCACUUUUCUCAAUACAGGUAACAGUAAGAUCAAAUUCAUAAAGUGUAAAUGACAUUGUCUUUUCCUCCUAUGUCUCCUCUCAGAACCCCUGACAGAGAGAGAGAGGAAGAGAGGGAGAGAGAGAGAGAGGGAGAGAGAGAGAGAGAGAGAGAGAGAGAGAGAGAG